AGAUCUAUUAUUGAGAUUGGUGACAUUUCGCGACGGAUCCAGAACCAGAGAGUCAAGCUCCAGAUUUCCUGAGAUUCAUCUUACAUUUGUUUUAGUGCUUGACAGUUCUUCAUGAGUUACUCAAUUUAUGUGUGCACCAAUGGAUAUUCUAACAGACCUUCAGAGUGAUACUUCAUUUGCCUUUAAUUUUCAUAGUAGUUCCUGUAAAGACAUGGAAAACCAUCCUAUCACAGAAUGCUUUGACACAACUUUUUCCAGCAUCAAUGGAGCAGACAUUGCAGAAGUGUCAGAACUUGAUUCUACACAAGUUCUUUUUGAUAUCUCAUCAGAGGAUGCUUACUUUGAAGAUGAUUACUUGCAGGACUUCAGCUCUCCAGAAUCUAAGUCAACUAUGUUUAGUAAGACAAAUUCAGAAUACACAAUAUUAGCAAAUCUUUUUUGUAUUACACAUGAGGAUGAGGACAAGUUUUACAAUUUGGACAGUUUAUUACAAGAUUCUUUCAGUGACCUUCAGCCAGUAUUCCCUCCUAAGCUGAAUUGUGAACUUCUUUCUGUAAGCAUACCAUUUGAUGCCAGUUACUGUUUAACAGAAAAAUCUCAAGUCCGCAGCAUUAAGUCUACCAGAAGAAAACACAACUCUGAACCAGACAGAUCAUCCAACAAGUUGACUGUCACAUGCUGUAAAGAAACACAAACUGAUGCCAUUGAAACAGAUGUCUUGAUGGUGGAAACUUUAUCUAUAGAUUCUGAUUUUGGACUGAAGAUUGCUUUUGACUGUUCUUUAAUUGAUAACAGUAUUUGCAUUGAAGAUACUGAUGUUGGUCUGGCUAACUAUAUAUCCAGUAAAAUGGCUCAUGAAGAGUUAAGGAAUAAUGAAAUGUGUAUUGAAAAUGUAUCAUUUGCAGAAGAAAAUGGGAAUGUGUCAGAUUUAUUCUCUUUAGAAUGCUGUCCAAUAUCUACAUCACCACACUGCAUCAUGCCUUUAUCUUGCAGCUGUGAGAGAAUUAAAUCUAAUGACAAUCACAAUUCUUGCUUACCACAUUUAGACCUUCAUAACAAAUGUUCACAACAUGGAUGCUACCAAAGCUCAUCACAUUCUGCAGGCCCCUUUGAGACCAUUGGCAUUCAAGACUCUUCUAGUCCUCGUGGAAACUGUCAGACUUGCUCAGUAUCUUCAUGCCAUUCCAAAAAACUUGGUUUGAUUUCCAAUGAGAACAAUAAUAAAGGGCAAACAUAUUCCUGCUUUUCCAAUUCAGGCCGAACAAAUGUUGGUGUUAUGACAGAUUUUAUUGGACAUAGAUGUAACCCUGUCAUCUGUUGUGAUUCCUAUUGCCUGAGUGCAUGUUCAAAGAUAUUGCAAAUAAACAGGAAAAAAAGGUACAAAUUUGAAAUGUUUACAGUUAAAUACAUGAUUGACAGCUACUCAAAAUUUCACAAAUUAAAAAUGAAACACAGAAAUAUCACUGUUGCCAAUUCAGACUCUUCACAAUGUUAUAAACAUCACCUGUUUAAAAACUUUUAAGUCAAAGUAUCUAAGUUUGGCAUAUCCAUGUACAUAUUUUCUUGUUGCAACAGAGUUUUUUUGUCAUAAAAGUACUAUAAAUAAAUGACAAGUGUCCAAAAUUUGUAUAGAAAGUUAUGUAUCCAAAUAUUAAUCUUGCAUUAGUUAAAAAAUAUCUAGAAAAGUAUUGCUUAAAUAGUCAUUUGUAAAUAUGUAAAGUUCAGUUUCACCAUGUAUGCAUAAGUUUCAUCUAAAAAUUGUUUAUAUUUAUCAUUCUUUAACCAUGUACUUAAAAACUAAAUUUAUUGUACAUUUUGAUAUAUUGAAGAGUUACAAUAACCAUGUAUGCAUAAGUUUCAUCUAAAAAUUGUUUAUAUUUAUCAUUCUUUAACCAUGUACUUAAAAACUAAAUUGUACAUUUUGAUAUAUUCAAAUGUCUGUUCUAAAUGUUUAUAUCACAUGAAAGUCUUAAAUUGUUUAUGUGUCUGCUUAAAGUGUUUUUGAGGAAAUAGAUGCUUUCUAUAUAUUUUCUAAUUGAAGGAUAAAUUCAAAAUCAUAAAUUCCUAUUUACCCCAAAAACCCAUGUAUAAUUAUCCACCUAUUGAAAUAAAAAUUCAUGUUACAUCUAGAGUAGACUAAACUGUUGCAGUAUGUUCCUUGAUAAAUUAUAUUUCCUAGUGGUACAGUUGUAAAGGCAGUUAAAUCUGGUUUUAUUAUAAACUUGUUAUUAUAAAAUGUUGAAUUUAAUAGUCUUGAUAGUUUAAAAUGUUGAAUUUCCAACCUUAUAGCCAAAGGCAAUCACUUGCCUUAAAUUUAUUGCACCCAUUUUAUUUUAAUUAUUCCCUUACAAUUUUGUGAAAGCAAUUUGUAAUCAAAUUUUUUUUUCAAUUUUUUUUUUUAAGCCAUACAAAUUAAAUUAUAUUCCUAUUGUCUUGUCUCUUUCAUAUUUUGAAGUAGCUAACUUUGAUUCCCCCAGUAUCUAUUGGUCAAAUUUAUCUUUGAGGAUUUGGCGUUUGUUUCCAUAUGGCAAACAUUGUCCUACUGUUAAUGGAUUGCCCAAACAAUUUGCAUUUAGGUAGUGUCUUACUUUGUAUUCAGUUUUUGAUGCUUUAGGUAAAAUUAUUCAUCACACAAUUUUAAGAGGAAGGAUCAAAAUUUUUUUUUCCAAAAGUGUAUUGGCAAUUGGUAAUUAUUUUACUUUUGUAGUGUUUCACUUUGACUUUCACUUAAUGUUUAAACAUUUGAUGUUUACAAAUGUUUAAACAUUUGAUUUAAUUAAUUUAUUCCCUCAGUGUUAGAUUGUCAAGACAAUUUAAAAUCAUUCGAUUGGUGUUUUAUUUCUCCUUCGUUUUGUUUUUGAUUAUUUAGCUUACAUUCUUUCCCCUAGUGUCAGAUGGAUUGUCAAGACAAAUGUAAUCAUUUGAAUAGUGUAGUGUUUCAUUUGUUUUAUUAGUCUUUUUUUUUUAUGAUUUAGCUAAGUUUCAUUCCCCCAGUGUUAGAUGGAUUUUCAGACAAUGUGUAAUCAUUUAAAUUGUGUAGUGUUUCAAUUGUCUAUUGUUUUUGAUAAUUUAGCUAACAUUCAUUCCCCCAGUGUUAGCUGAACAGUCAAGACAAUGUGUAAUCAUUUGAAUAGUGUAGUGUUUCAUUUUUGUCUGUUUUUUUUUUGUUUUUGAUGAUUUAGCUAACAUUUAUUCCCCCAGGGUUAGAUGGAUUGUCAAGACAAUGUGUAAUCAUUUGAAUAGUGUAAUGUUUCAUUUCUUUUUGUUGUUUUUGAUGGUCUAGCUAACAUUCAUUCCCCCAGUGUUAGCUGAACAGUCAAGACAAUGUGUAAUCAUUUGAAUAGUGUAGUGUUUCAUUUGUCUUUUUGUUUUUGAUGGUCUAGGUAACAUUCAUUCCCCCAGUGUUAGCUGAACAGUCAAGACAAUGUGUAAUCAUUUGAAUAGUGUUUCGUCUUUUUGUUUUUGAUGAUUUAGCUAACAUUCAUUCCCCCAGUGUUAGCUGAACAGUCAAGACAAUGUGUAAUCAUUUGAUUUGUGUAGUGUUUCAUUUGUCUUUUUGUUUUUGAUGAUUUAGCUAACAUUUAUUCCCCCAGUGUUAGAUGGAUUGUCAAGACAAUGUGUAAUCAUUUGAAUAGUGUAGUGUUUCAUUUGUGUUUUUGUUUUUGAUUUAGCUUACAUUCUUUCCCCUAGUGUCAGAUGGAUUGUCAAGACAAAUGUAAUCAUUUGAAUAGUGUAGUGUUUCAUUUGUGUUUUUGUUUUUGAUUUAGCUUACAUUCUUUCCCCUAGUGUCAGAUGGAUUGUCAAGACAAAUGUAAUCAUUUGAAUAGUGUAGUGUUUCAUUUGUUUUAUUAUGUCUUUUUUUUUUUUUGAUGAUUUAGCUAAGUUUCAUUCCCCCAGUUUUAGAUGGAUUUUCAAUGUGUAAUCAUUUGAUUUGUGUAGUGUUUGUCUUUUUGUUUUUGAUGAUUUAGCUAACAUUUAUUCCCCCAGUGUUAGAUGGAUUGUCAAGACAAUGUGUAAUCAUUUGAAUAGUGUAGUGUUUCAUUUUUGUCUUUUUUAUUUUUGAUGAUUUAGCUAACAUUUAUUCCCCCAGUGUUAGAUGGAUUGUCAAGACAAUGUGUAAUCAUUUGAAUAGUGUAAUGUUUCAUUUCUUUUUGUUGUUUUUGAUGGUCUAGCUAACAUUCAUUCCCCCAGUGUUAGCUGAACAGUCAAGACAAUGUGUAAUCAUUUGAAUAGUGUAGUGUUUCAUUUGUCUUUUUGUUUUUGAUGGUCUAGCUAACAUUCAUUCCCCCAGUGUUAGCUGAACAGUCAAGACAAUGUGUAAUCAUUUGAAUAGUGUUUCGUCUUUUUGUUUUUGAUGAUUUAGCUAACAUUCAUUCCCCCAGUGUUAGCUGAACAGUCAAGACAAUGUGUAAUCAUUUGAUUUGUGUAGUGUUUCAUUUGUCUUUUUGUUUUUGAUGAUUUAGCUAACAUUCAUUCCCCCAGUGUUAGCUAAACAGUCAAGACAAUGUGUAAUCAUUUGAAUAGUGUAGCGUUUCAUUUGUCUUUUCUUUUGUUUUUGAUGAUUUAGCUAACAUUUAUUCCCCCAGUGUUAGAUGGAUUGUCAAGACAAUGUGUAAUCAUUUGAAUAGUGUAAUGUUUCAUUUCUUUUUGUUGUUUUUGAUGGUCUAGCUAACAUUCAUUCCCCCAGUGUUAGCUGAACAGUCAAGACAAUGUGUAAUCAUUUGAAUAGUGUAGCGUUUCAUUUGUCUUUUUGUUUUUGAUGAUUUAGCUAACAUUUAUUCCCCCAGUGUUAGAUGGAUUGUCAAGACAAUGUGUAAUCAUUUGAAUAGUUUAGCGUAUCAUUUGUCUUUUUUUUUGUUUUUGAUGGUCUAGCUAACAUUCAUUCCCCCAGUGUUAGCUGAACAGUCAAGACAAUGUGUAAUCAUUUGAAUAGUGUUUCGUCUUUUUGUUUUUGAUGAUUUAGCUAACAUUCAUUCCCCCAGUGUUAGCUGAACAGUCAAGACAAUGUGUAAUCAUUUGAAUAGUGUAGUGUUUCAUUUGUCUUUUAUCAUUUUUUUGUUUUUGAUGAUUUAGCUAACAUUUAUCCCCCCGGUGUUAGCUGAACAGUCAAGACAAUGUGUAAUCAUUUGAUUUGUGUAGUGUUUGUCUUUUUGUUUUUGAUGAUUUAGCUAACAUUUAUCCCCCCAGUGUUAGCUGAACAGUCAAGACAAUGUGUAAUCAUUUGAAUAGUGUAGUGUUUCAUUUGUCUUUUAUCAUUUUUUGUUUUUGAUGAUUUAGCUAACAUUUAUCCCCCCGGUGUUAGCUGAACAGUCAAGACAAUGUGUAAUCAUUUGAUUUGUGUAGUGUUUGUCUUUUUGUUUUUGAUGAUUUAGCUAACAUUUAUCCCCCCAGUGUUUGCUGAACAGUCAAGACAAAGUGUAAUCAUUUGAUUUGUGUAGUGUUUCUUUCAUCCUUCAUUUUGUUUUUGAUGAUUUAGCUAACAUUCAUUCCUCCAGUGUUAGAUGGAUUGUCAA